AUGGAUCCGAAGAUUGAGCAGUUUGUCGGCGUGACGGGUGUUUCACACCGCGAUGCGCGGCGGUUCCUGGACAAGUACAAGCGCGUGGACAUCGCGAUCGAUGCGUACUACAACGACCCGAACGCCGCCGCGCCGCCGCGCCCGGCGGCGGUCUCGACGACGAAGCUGAACCAGCUGUUCGAUCAGUACAAGGACCCGGAUAGCGAGGAGAUCACGGUCGAUGGCACGAUCAAGCUGUGCGAGGACCUGCGCGUGGACCCCGAGGACGUCGUGCUGCUCGCGGUCGCGUACGACCUGAAGUCGCCGCGGAUGGGCGAGUGGUCGCGCAAGGGCUGGCUGGAGGGGUGGAAGGCCCUCGGGGCGGAUACGAUACCCGCGAUGCAGGCAUCCCUGACACGACUGCGCGAGAGGCUCGGCUCGGACAGCGCGUACUUUCAGCAGGUGUAUAAUUACACAUUCGAUUUCUCGCGGCCGGCGGGGCAGCGGAGCUUAGCACUCGACAUGGCGCAGGGCUUCUGGGGCCUGCUGAUCCCGCACGGGCUGGAGGGCGGCGCGAUCACGCACAUCGCGUCCGCGCAGGCCGAGGAGGACGACGUGGACAUGACGGGCACGGGUGAGGGCUGGAAGGAGGCGUACACGCAGUGGUGGUUCGACUUUCUGAACGAGAAGGGCGGGAAGGGCGUCAGCAAGGAUACGUGGCAGAUGUUUCUGGAGUUUGUGCGUACGAUCGACGCGAGGUUCGAGACGUACGAUGCGGAAGCUGCAUGGCCAUCAACGCUGGACGAUUUCGUCGACUAUGCGAAAGGACGACUAGCCUCGGGCGGGGCCUGA